AUCUUCGUUCAUCCUUCUCUCUCGUUGCCACUACUUAUUCUUACAACGACCACGACGGUGGCAGCGACGAUGAGCAGACGCUAGCUCAGGUGGACCUGCGCUUUAAAGGUCAGCUGCCUUAUGUUCGCGAAAAGUCAAGUCGUGCGUGCUGUUCGCUCCCUUCAUACUGUCAAUAUAAUGUCCUCCACGUUUCGAGAUCCGACCAUUGCAAAGGGUAAACAAAGGGCAGAAACGAUGUCACACGACGAUAACGAUGGACGACAGCCCAAUGGAAAUGGCAUGGAGCUGCCUCCAGAGUCGAUCUCGAACGCGAUCGAAGAUGCAUUGGCGACGCCGUUACCAGGGCCAAAAGCCGCUGCAUCCCUUGGAUCUCCAUUCGAACGACCAUCCCCUAUCGCUCUUCCUCCACGUGCUCAUCAUCCUUCCUUCAUGCCUCGACCCCAACUCCUCUCACAGCUGACCAGAUCGACGUUACCAACUGCGAGUCUAUCGCACGCCUCGGCGGAUCCCAACACGCGGCGAGCAGUUUCAGAUCUGGUCCAACAUGGUGAAAGCUCGACGGCAUGGCAGAGAGCCGCGCCAAUGUGGAAUGACGGAUCGUUUCCCGACCUCGAUUCCGAUGGGCUACCCCCAGAUGACGAGUCAAGAGGAUCUAUAGACUCUCAGGCGCCUUCGCUGUAUCUCCAGCGAACUAUCACAGACCUCUUAUCGACGCCUGACAAACCUGCAAAUGAUAUUUCGUCCUACCUGCCUAAAUUCCAGCUCCCUCAGCUUCCUCAACUUCCCAAUCUGCCUUCGUUAGGUAUACCAGGAAUCUCUGGACGUUCAGCAUAUGAUUCCACUGGCGCUCGGCGAAACUUCAGCACGAGUCCAGCCAGUGACGAUUGGUGGCCAUCAAGCUGGUGGGGGAAAAAUAAAGGCAAAGUCGAUAGAUUGGUCACGGAGGACGAUCAGGCAGCAACGGUCGAAGAGGAGAAGGAGGGGAUCCAGAAAAAGUAUCGCACGCCGAAGAAUCCUAUCGUAUUCUGCCAUGGCCUCCUCGGAUUCGACUACAUAGGUCCUGCAUCCCUCCCGCCAUUCCAGGUCUCCCACUGGCGAGGCAUACGCGAGGUGCUAGAAGCUAACGGGGUGGAAGUAUUGAUCGGACGAGUACCGGCCACUGGGUCCAUUGCGGAUCGAGCGGCAGCUUUGGAAGAGAUGAUCUCCAGUAACUUUCCUGAUCGUGAAGUAAACCUCAUCGGUCAUAGUAUGGGCGGUCUGGACUGUCGGUACCUCAUCUCUUCAUUGAAACCCAAGAACUUUGUGGUGUCCAGCCUGACAACCAUCGCCACACCACAUCGGGGCUCGGCUUUUGCGGAUCACGUCAUUGACAACCUGAUAGGUCGCGAGCGACUGCCCUCCUUGUUGGCAGUAGUGGAAGCUCUCAAGCUGCCAGCUGGCGGUGACGGGUCAGCAUUCAAUGCUCUAGGCACCAAGUCGAUGGCUCAGUUCAAUUCUGAAGUCUUGGACAGCCCUCAAGUCAAGUAUUAUUCAUGGGGAGCGUCCUUUGAUCCGGGUCUGCUGGACACCUUCAGAUACCCCCAUACUGUCAUCAUGGCAAAGGAGGGUCCAAACGACGGACUUGUCAGUGUGGAAAGUGCGAAAUGGGGAGAAUACAGAGGUACUCUGAUGGGCGUGAAUCACUUGGAUCUAGUCGGAUGGGUCAAUACGAUCCGAUAUGCCAUUGCGGACUGGGCGGGAAAACCAAUAUCCUUCAAGCCGGCCACUUUCUACUUGGAGAUCUCCGAUUACCUUGCAGAACAGGGUUUCUGAGCAUUGCAUUUUCUUGGGUAUAGGGGGGUUUUGCAUCGGUUGUACUUUCAGAAUCGGUGCACGUAGCAUGUCAUAGAAAGACUGGCAUCGUAGACACAAGUCUUUGACACACCCAAAGAGUCAGUGUAGCAUCGGGCAAGGACAGUCUGAGUCUUCCGACGGAUCUCGGUGCGAGCCACUUCGGAGUUGAUAUUCGGAGCGGCGGGGCCAUGGGCUCCCUUCCGCCUCACCACGCCCUG